CAACAUUCCGGUUGUCCACAGGCCGAUGGUACAAUGAUUGAUACAACCCUAUUGAUGGAGAACAAACUCGUCUUCCUUCGAUCAAAAGACUCAAAAUGAAAGCCAUUCUGACUGGGGCCACGGGCUUUAUUGGGGGCGAAGUUCUCAACCAAUGCCUCACACAUCCUCAAAUCACCUCGAUUGUGGUGCUCUCUCGCCGUGCAUUGCCCGAGCCGGCUGCAAGCAAUUCCAAGGUCAAAGUCGUGAUUCUCCAGGACUUCACGAACUAUCCCGAUUCGGUAUUGCCUGAGCUCAGAGACGCAGACUUUUGCAUCUGGUCUCUAGGCACAUACACCGGCGGUGAAGAAGUCGAAGCCGGCUAUCCACUCGCAUUCUGCGAAGCAAUUGCCAAAGCCCGCAAUGGAGCGACGACCAAGCUGUUCCGGAUGGUCUACUUAAGCGGCAUGUUCGUGAUCAAUGACCAGAAUGCUUCGUUGUGGUUUCUCACCACGACUCGCAAGGCCAAGGGGCUCGCGGAGACGAGGCUGCUGGCCUUUUCGGACGAGCAGAAACAGAACCACAAAAGCUGGGAGUCAUAUGUGGUCAGGCCCGGUGGUGUGCUGCACAAGCAGACCGCUGGCCUUAACACCGCCACAUGUGGGAACAGACUCGUGAUCGGUGUAGGUGUACUCGCGGCGGCCAUGAUCGAGACAGCUUUGGAGGGGAAUCCUGAAUACAAAAUAUUUCAUGCUCCACUGUUGGAGAAGGGAAGAGCUGCGCUCCGGAAAGCCAAGUGAUUAUCUCAAGAGGGGAUUGACCAUCGCUGUGUGUUGAAUGCAAGUGCAGCAAGAUAGGAAAGCCGUCGUCAAUUUCCCAUGUUGACAAUCUGUUCGACUGCGCCGCUUUGUAUAAAACUGCCUCGUCCACCCCCAAUCCGUUAAAGCACCUGGCUCCUAGAGAUAGUCGAUCACCUGCUUCUCGCUCCAGG